AUGAUCGUACCACGUCAACCCCGUGCCCCGACCGGUACACACCCCUUGCCCGGGUCCCCCCUUCAUAGUCACACCCCCUGCCCCCUCAUGCCAUCCGCUCCCCUCGCCCCUACCCUCCGCGUGCCCGCUCCCUUGCCGCCUCUUUUGACCCUCCCUGCCCCCCUUGCCGUUUCCCACCGCCCGCCAUUCGCUCCUCCCCGCCCGUGCGCUCCCCUCGUUUACCUUCUCCUCCCCCCUCCCCUCCUCUGCUGCACGCCUCUUCCUUCCCCUCGCCGACCCACUCCACUCCCUGCCCCUCCUCAAUCCGCACCCUGCCCCUCGUAUCUCGCCCCCCUAUGCUUGGUUUCUCCCCUCCCUGCCCCUCGCCGCCUUUCUCCGCCCCCCACCUCCCCCCUCUCCCUGCCCCCCCACUCUCCCACCCUUGCCCUUGGCUUCCUACCUCCCUGCCCCACCUUUCCCCCCUCUGUGUGCUCAGCUUCUCCCCUCCCUGCCCCUCCCUCCUCCCCGCCCUGCCCCUCGUUUUCCGCCCCCCCACGCCCGGUUUCUCCCCUCCCCGCGCCUCCCUUUCUUUCUCCGUGCCUCUCCUCUGCUCCCUCCCUGCCCGCGCCUGCCCAUGCCCCUGUCUUUGGCUUCUCCCCUCCCUGCCCCACGUUUCUUCCCUCCCUGCCCACCCCCUCUGCCCCUCCCUUGUUUUCCCCUCACCCAUUGCUUCUCCCCUCCCUGCCCUUGAUUUCCCGCACCCCUGCCCUUGUUUCCUACCAUCCAUGCCCCUCGUUUCCCCCCCUUUGUACGUUCAGCCUCUUCCCUCCCUGCCCCUCCCUUCCUCCCCCCCUGCCCUUUGCUCUACCCUCGUUACGCUCCCUUCUCCCCAUCCCUGCUGCCCUCUUACCACCAUCAGCCCAUCCCCACCACCAGCCCCCCUCCCACCCUUCUCUCCCCCCCUCCCUUUCCCUCUCUCUCUUUCUCACACACACACACGCACACUCCCCUCCCCCACCCCCCACCCACAUCCUCCCAUUCUGCCCCUCCCUGCCCCUUUCCCACCCCCUCGCACGCCCCUCACCUCCCACCUCCGUGCAACUGCUGGCCCAGCCCCUGCCCGUUGCUGCCCCUCCCCUUGCCCCCUCAACUCCCCUGCCCCCCGUACACCCCAGUCCCAUCCAACCGCCCCCACCCUCCCCCGGCUGCCCGUUUCCGCUCUCCACCCCCGCGACCGUGUGCGGCUUCCAACCGCCCAACGGUGGUGCGCACGGGGCGUUUGUUCGGACGGGCAAGCCUCCCCGGGGGCCCCCCACCCGGCUGGGUCGUUACACGGUGGCGGCGGCCGCGAUCGCUACUGGGAGGGAGGCCGUCGGGUUGAGGGAUGCGCCCAUGGCAGACGCCACCGACUCCCCCUCCCAUCCCUCCCACCCCUUCCAUGUCGACGACCCCCUACUGCAACCCAUGGUGAUUGGGGAGGGCCAAGGGGGCCUUCUAGGGCAGGGUCCACACCUGAGCUCCGCUCAGCCAGCACGCCCCACUCCACCCUCUACCCUGCCAGCCCUCCUACUCUCACCUACAGGCAGGCAGGUCUUCGAGACCCCAGAGGAGGUGAGGGCUGGCAUUUCAGAUUUGCUGGCGAUACACCGCCUGAGCAGCUCUUCGGCUGCCCCCACCCUUCCAGUCCCACAGGACCGGACCCGGACGUAUGCGGAGGUCACCCGGUCUGUCCCUUCUUUUAUCCCCCCCGCCACUCAGCCAGGCGCGUCACUCCCGACCCCAAUGGAGACGGACCGGGUUCUGAGGCCGUGUCACUCGCACCUAGACGGGGUGGCGCCUCCCCCCGUUCAGCCCGUGGCGCAGGAGGUCACCAGCAGUAGGGAUGAGGCAUCCGCCCCUACCGAGACCCCUCCGCCUGGGGUAGCAGAGCCGUUACUUGAACCGCACCCCGCCGAGGGGCAGGAGCACACCACGGCACACACUUCAGGCUCACCUCCACGUCCCCCCUCCCCAGCUUUGACACCGGUACCGGCACGAGGCCCGGCCCUAUCCUGUGCGACACCACCUCUAUCUUCGCUGACACCCCCCCCGCGCGGGGCUGGUGAGUGGUCUCCUCCCCUCAUCCCAGGCGAUCCUCUCGGAGCUCAGGCCGCCCACGGGGUCCCCUCUACAGCCAGUUCCGACGCCACGGCCCCGAUUGACCCCGCCGACACGGCGACAUCACCCGACCAGGUCGUGAGUUGCCCCACCUGCAGGAGCUCUCUCGCGAACCGACGCGCGCUCCAGCACCACAUUCCCUUUUGCCAUCCUGCGGACGCGGCUCGCAGGGCGCAGGCUGCCCAUGAUACCGCCUCGAUCAUCCCUUCCCUCUCACAGCCCCGUGCGACCGGGAUGCAGUUCACCGACGCACAGUGGCGGACGCUCGACUCGGUGGACUGGACAGAGUACUUCUCGCCCGAGCGUAUCCAUACACGCCCUCUCCGACGUGUCCCGGAGAGGGUCCGCGGAGGAUAUCUUGACGUCCUCAGUGCGAUCCUAGUCCGCAUUGCCCAGGACCCGGAGGCUGCUGGCCCUACCUUCCUCCUCGCUGCAACGCCGACUCUUUUCCUUGUUCCAGCGACGCCACCCGACCGCUCGCACACGGCUGCCAUUGCAACGCGCAUCUCCCGCUUUGGUCGAGGUGAGUGGGCUGAGCUAGUCUCAGAUGCACUAGGCCGUCGCACACCCCUUCCUCGGCGCACAGGUCACCGGUCACGCACCGCCACCGAUCCCUCUGCAGCAGAUGAGCGCCGCAUUGCACGUUGCCUUCGUCUGGCAGCGUGCAAUGAGACCUCACAGGCGUGUGCGGCUCUCGAGUCCGCGGAGGCAGCCCCAGAUACACACGGGACAAUACAGCGCCUGCAGUCGAAGCACCCCAACGCGGAGAGGCCGACCCCAGCUUGGCUGUCUGGCUUCCAGGGGUCCCCUCUCGUGCUCUCGGUGGAUCACUUACGCCGCGCGAUUUUCACAGCUCCGCGGGGCUCUUCGGGAGGACCGUCCGGUUGGGUCGCUGAGCACCUGCGAGACACUUUCCUAGCUUUCCCUCAGAGUCUCCAUUUCCUCCUGGCCGUGUACCAGCAGUGGCUCCGAGGCCGUUGCGCUCCAGCUGCGCGCUCCUUGCUAGCGUCUUCCACCCUCGUGGCUCUGGCGAAGUCGAACAUGGAUGUUCGGCCGAUUGCCAUCGGCGAGGUUUUGGUCCGCAUUCUUUCUCGGGCAGUUUGUCUCCAGCUACGUGACCAGAUGGCGAGGGUCUUCUUGGCAUCACAGCAGUUUGGGGUGGGGGUUAUGUGCGGGACAGAGGUCGUAGUUAGAGGCGUCCGCCGCGCUCUGGCUGACCACCCAGACUGGGUGGUCCUGCAGCUAGACGUGGCGAAUGCCUUUAACUCUUUCCACCGAGACACGAUGUUUCAGGCGCUGCAGGCCAGUCAGGAGUUUCAGUGUCUGAUCCCCUUCAUCGGCCUCUUCUACGGGACGCCCUCGGAUCUCCACUACAGGUCAGGCACGGGAGUGGUCACGAUGCACUCGGAGCGGGGCACUCGCCAGGGAGACCCUCUCAGCCCCUUCUUGUACGCUCUGACACAGCGUCUUGCUUUGGAGCCGGUUCUGGCGGAGGGGGAUGUCCAGCUCUGGUUGUACGCCGAUGACACGUACGUGCUAGGUCCCCCAGACAGGGUGCUGCACCACUUUGCCGAGAUCGUGAGGCGCUUGGGCGAGAUGGGCCUUGCAGCCCAGCCGCACAAGUGCCUCGUCUACCAGACAGAGUCCUUUCUGUCCAGGGAUCUGGAGGCUUUCACGGGCCUAGGGAUCGAGGUCGCACGCCGAGGGCUCACCAUGACAGGCGUUCCGGUAGGCACCGUUUCGUUCGUGGAGCAGAGUCUCCCGGAUCGUCUCGAGAGGAUGGGGCGGGUGCUACCUUGGCUUCCGAGGUUGCGCCAGCCCCAGACAGCUGCCCGCCUUCUUUUGGCGUGUGUCCGCACUCGUCCGCAGUACCUGUCGAGGACCGUCCCUCCUUCGCCCGCAGUGAUCUCCAGUUUUACACGGUGGGACGCACGCCUGGGAGAGACUUUUCAGCAGCUUUUAGCUUCAGGGACCUGGGCUUGUCGCGAGGACGUCCGAGAGGCCGCCCUAGACCAGAUCUUCCUCCCCAUCCGUCUCGGGGGUUUUGGCAUUCGUCGCAUGGCGCGCAUUGCCCCGGUGAGUUUCGUGUGCUCCUGGGUGCAGUGUGCACCCAUUCUCUGUUCUCUCCCUGCGUGUGGCGAGGUGUUUCGGCAGAGCUUUGCUUCAGGUGAGCCAGAGCAGAUCGACCGGGCUCUGCAGACGGCGCUAGAGGGUCUCCCACCUGACGUUCUCUCUCUCCUUCCCCCCUGGCCCUCUUGCGCUUGUGCCUCCCCCGAUUCCCUUUUUGCAGGAGCGAGCCGUCUUCUGGAGGCGCAUGCCUUGGAGGCCGUGCGUGCCCGUCACGCCUCUCCCUUGCACCUUGCCCGUUUGACUUCCCUUCAGGGCGGAGGUGCAGGAGCGUGGUUGACGUCGGUGCCGUACGCCGACCCACUGCGCAUCCCGGAGGCGCUGUGGCAGGCGGCUUCAUCUUCUCGUCUUGGUCUCCCUAUCCCCCAGUUAGCCCUUGCAGGUCAGUGCUCCUGCGGACAGGCGAUUGACGACAUGACGGUGCCUCAUCACGCGGUUCGGUGCCCGCGUUACGGGGUCGCCACUACCAUCCACGACACGGUGAAGUACAUGCUUCGAGACUUUGCGGUCGAGGCGGGCUUCGCGGUAAAGGUGGAGGACUCUACGCUGUUCACACAGUUGGAGGCGGCUCGAGCGAGACUACUGGGACAGCCAGUGGUGGGAGAGGGGACACGGGCUGAGGGACCGGGGGAGCGGAGAGGCGUGGCGGGACAGCCGGGUGGCGGGGGACAGUGGGGACGGCACCAGCUGCGGGGUCAGGUGGAGCGAGGGACAGGUGGGCAGAGGGGACGGCAGGGGGAGCAGACGGGCCAGGACGGGGAGGGGGGACGGCACAGGCAGCAGCAGGAGAGCCAGUGGAGGCCGCGGGCCCAGGGCGCCGCGCCUCCAGGUUCGGCCUCGGGGGCGGGGCAGGGGCGGGAGCAGCAGAGAGCGGACGGAGGUACAGGAGGGGCAGCGGGAUUGGGAGGGGAGGGCCAGGGAGUGAGAGAGGCAGCAGGGGAUGGAGCAGGGGGGUCGGGAGGUUUGGGGGAGGGUAGAGAGGGGGAGGGGAGAGGACAGGUGGAUGGAGGAGAGGAGAGGGGGAGAGAGACGAUCGGAGAGGGGGCACCAAGGGACCAGACAGGGCAGCAGCCAGCGCAACAGCAGGGACCAGUCGGACGCACAGGCCGUGUAGGCACCGCCUCCCGCAUUCCAGACCUCACGUGCCGCGACGUUGGCCAGGGUCUGAUGGUUCUUGUGGAUGUCUCCAUAGCGGAUCCACAGCGGGAGGGGAACGUGCAGCUGAGACGGGCGACCCCCACACAGAUUGGAGUGGCAGCAGCUAGGCGGGUGCAGGAGAAGCUGCGUCACUGGGGGCCGCACUUAGAGGGGCUGCAGCCGGCACCACACUUUUACGCGUGCGUGGCGGAGACCUUUGGCCUUCUGAGUGAGCCGCUGCGUCAGUUUCUGGGGCUCUGCGCAAAGAGGAUAGCACAGCGGAGGAGGGAUAGAGGUGGGGGGGAUGACGGAUCGGCACGGAUAUUUGAGGCAGGACUCACUACACGCCUCUCCGUUGCACUGCAGCGCGCGCAGGCUCAAUGCAUGAUCCAGCAUGCGUCACACCCCCUGCCCCCUCAUGCCAUCCGCUCCCCCCGCCCCUACCCUCCGCGUGCCCGCUCCCUUGCCGCCUCUUUUGACCCUCCCUGCCCCCCUCGCCGUUUCCCACCGCCCGCCAUUCGCUCCUCCCCGCCCGUGCGCUCCCCUCGUUUACCUUCUCCUCCCCCCUCCCCUCCUCUGCUGCACGCCUCUUCCUUCCCCUCGCCGACCCACUCCACUCCCUGCCCCUCCUCAAUCCGCACCCUGCCCCUCGUAUCUCGCCCCCCUAUGCUUGGUUUCUCCCCUCCCUGCCCCUCGCCGCCUUUCUCCGCCCCCCACCUCCCCCCUCUCCCUGCCCCCCCACUCUCCCACCCUUGCCCUUGGCUUCCUACCUCCCUGCCCCACCUUUCCCCCCUCUGUGUGCUCAGCUUCUCUCCUCCCUGCCCCUCCCUCCUCCCCGCCCUGCCCCUCGUUUUCCGCCCCCCCACGCCCGGUUUCUCCCCUCCCCGCGCCUCCCUUUCUUUCUCCGUGCCUCUCCUCUGCUCCCUCCCUGCCCCCGCCUGCCCAUGCCCCUGUCUUUGGCUUCUCCCCUCCCUGCCCCACGUUUCUUCCCUCCCUGCCCACCCCCUCUGCCCCUCCCUUGUUUUCCCCUCACCCAUUGCUUCUCCCCUCCCUGCCCUUGAUUUCCUGCACCCCUGCCCUUGUUUCUUACCAUCCAUGCCCCUUGUUUCCCCCCCUUUGUACGUUCAGCCUCUUCCCUCCCUGCCCCUCCCUUCCUCCCCCCCUGCCCUUUGCUCUCCCCUCGUUACGCUCCCUUCUCCCCAUCCCUGCUGCCCUCUUACCACCAUCAGCCCAUCCCCACCACCAGCCCCCCUCCCACCCUUCUCUCCCCCCCUCCCUUUCCCUCUCUCUCUUUCUCACACACACACACGCACACUCCCCUCCCCCACUCCCCACCCACAUCCUCCCAUUCUGCCCCUCCCUGCCCCUUUCCCACCCCCUCGCACGCCCCUCACCUCCCACCUCCGUGCAACUGGUUUCCCCCCCUAUGGUGCCUCCCUUGCAUCGCUCGCCCCUCUGCUCACCCUCUGCCCGCCCCUUUUCCGUGCCCUCAGCUGGCCCAGCCCCUGCCCGUUGCUGCCCCUCCCCUUGCCCCCUCAACUCCCCUGCCCCCCGUACACCCCAGUCCCAUCCAACCGCCCCCACCCUCCCCCGGCUGCCCGUUUCCGCUCUCCACCCCCGCGACCGUGUGCGGCUUCCAACCGCCCAACGGUGGUGCGCACGGGGCGUUUCUUCGCACGGGCAAGCCUCCCCGGGGGCCCCCCACCCCGCUGGGUCGUUAUUGGAGUGGCAGCAGCUAGGCGGGUGCAGGAGAAGCUGCGUCACUGGGGGCCGCACUUAGAGGGGCUGCAGCCGGCACCACACUUUUACGCGUGCGUGGCGGAGACCUUUGGCCUUCUGAGUGAGCCGCUGCGUCAGUUUCUGGGGCUCUGCGCAAAGAGGAUAGCACAGCGGAGGAGGGAUAGAGGUGGGGGGGAUGACGGAUCGGCAUGGAUAUUUGAGGCAGGACUCACUACACGCCUCUCCGUUGCACUGCAGCGCGCGCAGGCUCAAUGCAUGAUCCAGCAUGCGGUGCGGCAGUUAGGGAGAUCCGACGACGGGUGGAUGCCCGCACCAGUCCCACUGGGUGCGGGGCAGGGUACUUGGCACCACGUCAUAGGUCACACCCCCUGCCCCCUCAUGCCAUCCGCUCCCCCCGCCCCUACCCUCCGCGUGCCCGCUCCCUUGCCGCCUCUUUUGACCCUCCCUGCCCCCCUCGCCGUUUCCCACCGCCCGCCAUUCGCUCCUCCCCGCCCGUGCGCUCCCCUCGUUUACCUUCUCCUCCCCCCUCCCCUCCUCUGCUGCACGCCUCUUCCUUCCCCUCGCCGACCCACUCCACUCCCUGCCCCUCCUCAAUCCGCACCCUGCCCCUCGUAUCUCGCCCCCCUAUGCUUGGUUUCUCCCCUCCCUGCCCCUCGCCGCCUUUCUCCGCCCCCCACCUCCCCCCUCUCCCUGCCCCCCCACUCUCCCACCCUUGCCCUUGGCUUCCUACCUCCCUGCCCCACCUUUCCCCCCUCUGUGUGCUCAGCUUCUCCCUUCCCUGCCCCUCCCUCCUCCCCGCCCUGCCCCUUGUUUUCCGCCCCCCCACGCCCGGUUUCUCCCCUCCCCGCGCCUCCCUUUCUUUCUCCGUGCCUCUCCUCUGCUCCCUCCCUGCCCGCGCCUGCCCAUGCCCCUGUCUUUGGCUUCUCCCCUCCCUGCCCCACGUUUCUUCCCUCCCUGCCCACCCCCUCUGCCCCUCCCUUGUUUUCCCCUCACCCAUUGCUUCUCCCCUCCCUGCCCUUGAUUUCCCGCACCCCUGCCCUUGUUUCCUACCAUCCAUGCCCCUCGUUUCCCCCCCUUUGUACGUUCAGCCUCUUCCCUCCCUGCCCCUCCCUUCCUCUCCCCCUGCCCUUUGCUCUCCCCUCGUUACGCUCCCUUCUCCCCAUCCCUGCUGCCCUCUUACCACCAUCAGCCCAUCCCCACCACCAGCCCCCCUCCCACCCUUCUCUCCCCCCCUCCCUUUCCCUCUCUCUCUUUCUCACACACACACACGCACACUCCCCUCCCCCACCCCCCACCCACAUCCUCCCAUUCUGCCCCUCCCUGCCCCUUUCCCACCCCCUCGCACGCCCCUCACCUCCCACCUCCGUGCAACUGGUUUCCCCCCUAUGGUGCCUCCCUUGCAUCGCUCGCCCCUCUGCUCACCCUCUGCCCGCCCCUUUUCCGUGCCCUCAGCUGGCCCAGCCCCUGCCCGUUGCUGCCCCUCCCCUUGCCCCCUCAACUCCCCUGCCCCCCGUACACCCCAGUCCCAUCCAACCGCCCCCACCCUCCCCCGGCUGCCCGUUUCCGCUCUCCACCCCCGCGACCGUGCGCGGCUUCCAACCGCCCAACGGUGGUGCGCACGGGGCGUUUCUUCGCACGGGCAAGCCUCCCCGGGGGCCCCCCACCCCGCUGGGUUCCUCCCGUCUCCCUGCCCUUAGUACCGCCGCGCUCUGCCCGUGCGUCACCCUUGCCCACUUCAUACCACCUCCCCCUUCUCCCCCCCCCCCCGGCUUCUCCCUAUCAUCACCCGCAUGUUCCCCCACUCCCCUGUCCACAACGUCCCUCCUCCACCCCCCCUCCUGCCUUCCCCACUCCCACUCUGCCCCCCACACCUCUACGAGCCGUACUUCCCCCUCCAGCCUCCCUUUCCCCCCCAGCUACUUCCGCAUCCAGCCCACCUACCCCAGCCUCCCUCUACCUCUCCCUAACUCCACACCGCCGUUCCUACCCCCAGCCAAGGUCUACACCCCUUGCUUUUGCUCCCUGGGCUGUGCCGUCCCCAACCUCCCUCCGCCUUUCCGCGGCACCAGACCGCCUCUCCCUCCCCCAGCCAACCUUUGCACCCCCUGUUCCUGCCCCUUGUGCCCUCCAACACCCUACCUCAACCCCCCCCAGUCUCCCCCUUCUCCAACACCCUCCAUAUUUCCUCCCCCCUGGGGCUCGCCCAUCCGCAGUUAUCACCCUUCAUCGUUUCCCCAAUUCCCUCUGUCCCCUGUUUCCCGGCCCCGCAUCCUAUUCUGCAUUUACCACAGCGCCUCCUUUCGGUGCCCUCUCUGCCCUCCCACGUUCUCACCCCCCGCCUCCCAACCUUCUCAUUACCCGCUACCAGGCUCACGCCAACUCGACUACCCACUACCCUUUGCCCCUUCCUCUCUGUUCCCCACCCUUCCUUUCCCACUUGGCUCCACCUGCCCACCCCCACCUCCCGUGGAAUUCUGCCCUGCCCUCCCCACCUCCGGCCCACCACCUGUCCCCACACCCUGCUCACCCACCGCUACAUCACCCCCGCCCCCCCACCUCCACUACAGCCCGCCAACACUUCCCCUCUCAACCGGCCCCCAGCCCGCCCCCCCCUUGGGCCCCAAUCCCCUCCAACUGUCAGGCCCCCUCUACCCUCUCUUCCACCCACUGCGCACCGCUUUCCCCACCCUUUUCCCCUUUCCCCAAGCUAACCCCCCGCACCCCAGGCCUCUGCCAGGGAGUGACAGCGGGGGCGGCACCCAUGCAUGCUCAGUAGAGAGAUCCUCCAACUCACUCGCUACCUCCCAUUCGCAAACCAGAUUACUUGUGAAAACACUUAAUCCUACCCGCACCCCCAAGCACAUAGAAGCGGGAGAGGGCAGAGCCAGGGGGGAACUUGCAGCUGACACUGCACGGGAAGGGGUAAGUGAGUUUGUGUGUGAAGGAGCAGCAGAGGCUGCAGAGGAUGGGGCAGCAAAGGCUGCACGGGAAGGGGCAAUGGGGGUUGUGGGGGAAGGGGCAGCAGAGGCUGCAGAGGAGAGGGCAGCAGAGGCUGCAAGGGAAGGGGCAGCAGCGGCUGCACGGGAAAGGGCGGCAGGGGCUGCACGGGAAGGGGCGGCAGGGACCGUGACUCUGGCCAGGCAAGGGGCAGAGGCCAUGGAGACAGGUUUUGCAGGAGUAGGGGCCACGGAACCGGCUGCUGUGUCGGCUGGGGGAACCGCAGCAGAGGAGGCUAUAGGGACCGCACCAGUCGAGGCUGCAAGGACUGCAGCAGGAGCGACAGAGGCCACAGUGGGGGCUGGUAUAGGGGGAGGUGCUACGGGUGCAGCGGGGAAGGGGGUAACGGGGACUGGUGCGAGGGAGAGUGCCGCCCCGGCUGUAGCAAGAGAGGGUACGGCAGGGGCUAGAGUGGGAGAGGGGACAGCAGUGGCCUCAAAGGCAGAAGGUGAGGCUGCAGCUGAAGCAGCAGGGAGGGCCAUAGCACGGCCAGUAGGGGCGGCAGGGGCCGCAGCAAACGCGGGGAAACACACAGCAGGGCCGGCAGGGCCGGCAAGGACUGCAAAAGGGGCUAGCAGUAAAGCGGCAGCAGGCGGGGUGGGCUCGGGGGACAUAGGGGCAACAGGGGAAGGAGAGGUGAGUGUGGUCCCGACCGGGGUGGGCACUGAAGAGGGGGAUGUGAUAGCGAUAGAGGAGGAUGAGGGAGAGGAUGUGAUGCACAUUGACGGGCCACUGGCCCAAUACCUCACGCUUGACGGUGAGGCCGACCCGGCCCCCCUGCAGCCUCACGUCGAGGUUCCCCCUCUACCCCCCAUGCCCGUCCCCAUGCUAGCAGAAGGACCGAUGGAGGGGCUGGGGGAGACCUUGAGGACAGAGCCGCGCGAGGGAGCCCCCAUCCUCACCUCCCGUCCUCCAGCCCACCCACCCCCAGGAGCACCACUUCCCCACCCCCACCCUCAGGGGCUCCUUAGAGCACCACGUGGAGCAGCCAGGGCUCUGGUCUUCCUAGAGGAGCCAUGCUCCCCGACUCCUACCAACACCCAGCCACCCCCUAGCCGGCCCACUACCCCCUCCUCCACCAGGCCCCCCCCCACCCGUCGCCGCACAGCCCCAACACGCCCACCCAACAGGCUGCCCUCCCCACACCACCCCCCCCAGGCAGCCGAGACCCACCCGCAAGGGCUUGCGCCCCAGGCUCAUGGGAGCGGCGGCACCCGGGUAGAGGGGCCCACAGGAGAGGCCACCACAGGGCCCACACAAAUCUCUCUCCCCCCACCGUUUGUACCUCGCUCUAACCUCCACACUGGCCCAGCCCCUCGACCCCCACCUCCAACCCCCUCUCCCGGCCGGGUUCCCCACGAGUGGCCCCGUUGGGCAGCCAUCACCCCCCACACACAGCUUGCCCGAUCUGUUCCCACGGAGGGGGAUGUUUCGAGGAGAGAGGGGAUGCACACAGAGCACCCCCCGCCUGGCGAACCACCCAUCCUCCCUCCACCCACCCCUUUGGCCCCACAGCCCCCCCUUCCUUCACAAACAGGCGCGGACAACCAGGUGGCGGCGGCCGCGAUCGCUACUGGGAGGGAGGCCGUCGGGUUGAGGGAUGCGCCCAUGGCAGACGCCACCGACUCCCCCUCCCAUCCCUCCCACCCCUUCCAUGUCGACGACCCCCUACCGCAACCCAUGGUGAUUGGGGAGGGCCAAGGGGGCCUUCUAGGGCAGGGUCCACACCCGAGCUCCGCUCAGCCAGCACGCCCCACUCCACCCUCUACCCUGCCAGCCCUCCUACUCUCACCUACAGGCAGGCAGGUCUUCGAGACCCCAGAGGAGGUGAGGGCUGGCAUUUCAGAUUUGCUGGCGAUACACCGCCUGAGCAGCUCUCCGGCUGCCCCCACCCUUCCAGUCCCACAGGACCGGACCCGGACGUAUGCGGAGGUCACCCGGUCUGUCCCUUCUUUUAUCCCCCCCGCCACUCAGCUAGGCGCGUCACUCCCGACCCCAAUGGAGACGGACCGGGUUCUGAGGCCGUGUCACUCGCACCUAGACGGGGUGACGCCUCCCCCCGUUCAGCCCGUGGCGCAGGAGGUCACCAGCAGUAGGGAUGAAGCAUCCGCCCCUACCGAGACCCCUCCGCCUGGGGUAGCAGAGCCGUCACUUGAACCGCACCCCGCCGAGGGGCAGGAGCACACCACGGCACACACUUCAGGCUCACCUCCACGUCCCCCCUCCCCAGCUUCGACACCGGUACCGGCACGAGGCCCGGCCCUAUCCUGUGCGACACCACCUCUAUCUUCGCUGACGUCCCCCCCGCGCGGGGCUGGUGAGCCGUCUCCUCCCCUCAUCCCAGGCGAUCCUCUCGGAGCUCAGGCCGCCCACGGGGUCCCCUCUACAGCCAGUUCCGACGCCACGGCCCCGAUUGACCCCGCCGACACGGCGACAUCACCCGACCAGGUCGACCCGGAGGCUGCUGGCCCUACCUUCCUCCUCGCUGCAGCGCCGACUCUUUUCCUUGUUCCAGCGACGCCACCCGACCGCUCGCACACGGCUGCCAUUGCAGCGCGCAUCUCCCGCUUUGGUCGAGGUCACCGGUCACGCACCGCCACCGAUCCCUCUACAGCAGAUGAGCGCCGCAUUGCACGUUGCCUUCGUCUGGCAGCGUGCAAUGAGACCUCACGGGCGUGCGCGGCUCUCGAGUCCGCGGAGGCAGCCCCAGAUACACAGGGGACGAUACAGCGCCUGCAGUCGAAGCACCCCAACGCGGAGAGGCCGACCCCAGCUUGGCUGUCUGGCUUCCAGGGGUCCCCUCUUGUGCUCUCGGUGGACGCCGUAUCGUUCGCGAUUUUCACAGCUCCGCGGGGCUCUUCGGGAGGACCGUCCGGUUGGGUCGCUGAGCACCUGCGAGACACUUUCUUAGCUUUCCCUCAGAGUCUCCAUUUCCUCCUGGCCGUGUACCAGCAGUGGCUCCGAGGCCGUUGCGCUCCAGCUGCACGCUCCUUGCUAGCGUCUUCCACCCUCGUGGCUCUGGCGAAGUCGAACAUGGAUGUUCGGCCGAUUGCCAUCGGCGAGGUUUUGGUCCGCAUUCUUUCUCGUGCAGUCUGUCUCCAGCUACGUGACCAGAUGGCGAGGGUCUUCUUGGCGUCACAGCAGUUUGGGGUGGGGGUUAUGUGCGGGACAGAGGUCGUAGUUAGAGGCGUCCGCCGCGCCCUGGCUGACCACCCAGACUGGGUGGUCCUGCAGCUAGACGUGGCGAAUGCCUUUAACUCUUUCCACCGAGACAGGAUGUUCCAGGCGCUGCAGGCCAGCCCGGAGUUUCAGUGUCUGAUCCCCUUCAUCGGCCUCUUCUACGGGACGCCCUCGGAUCUCCACUACAGGUCAGGCACGGGAGUGGUCACGAUGCACUCGGAGCGGGGCACUCGCCAGGGAGACCCUCUCAGCCCCUUCUUGUACGCUCUGACACAGCGUCUUGCUUUGGAGCCGGUUCUGGCGGAGGGGGAUGUCCAGCUCUGGUCGUACGCCGAUGACACGUACGUGCUAGGUCCCCCAGACAGGGUGCUGCACCACUUUGCCGAGAUCGUGAGGCGCUUGGGCGAGAUGGGCCUUGCAGCCCAGCCGCACAAGUGCCUCGUCUACCAGACGGAGUCCUUUCUGUCCAGGGAUCUGGAGGCUUUCACGGGCCUAGGGAUCGAGGUCGCACGCCGAGGGCUCACCGUGACAGGCGUACCGGUAGGCACCGUUUCGUUCGUGGAGCAGAGUCUCCCGGAUCGUCUCGAGAGGAUGGGGCGGGUGCUACCUUGGCUUCCAAGGUUGCGCCAGCCCCAGACAGCUGCCCGCCUCCUUUCGGCGUGUGUCAGCACUCGUCCGCAGUACCUGUCGAGGACCGUCCCUCCUUCGCCCGCAGUGAUCUCCAGUUUUACACGGUGGGACGCACGCCUGGGAGAGACAUUUCAGCAGCUUUUAGCUUCAGGGACCUGGGCUUGUCGCGAGGACGUCCGAGAGGCCGCCCUAGACCAGAUCUUCCUCCCCAUCCGUCUCGGGGGUUUCGGCAUUCGUCGCAUGGCGCGCAUUGCCCCGGUGAGCUUCGUGUGCUCCUGGGUGCAGUGUGCACCCAUUCUCUGUUCUCUCCCUGCGUGUGGCGAGGUGUUUCGGCAGAGCUUCGCUUCAGGUGAGCCAGAGCAGAUCGACCGGGCUCUGCAGACGGCGCUAGAGGGUCUCCCACCUGACGUUCUCUCUCUCCUUCCCCCCUGGCCCUCUUGCGCUUCUGCCUCCCCCGAUUCCCUUUUUGCAGGAGCGAGCCGUCUUCUGGAGGCGCAUGCCUUGGAGGCCGUGCGUGCCCGUCACGCCUCUCCCUUGCACCUUGCCCGUUUGACUUCCCUUCAGGGCGGAGGUGCAGGGGCGUGGUUGACGUCGGUGCCGUACGCCGACCCACUGCGCAUCCCGGAGGCGCUGUGGCAGGCGGCUUCAUCUUCUCGUCUUGGUCUCCCUAUCCCCCAGUUAGCCCUUGCAGGUCAGUGCUCCUGCGGACAGGCGAUUGACGACAUGACGGUGCCUCAUCACGCGGUUCGGUGCCCGCGCUACGGGGUCGCCACUACCAUCCACGACACGGUGAAGUACAUGCUUCGAGACUUUGCGGUCGAGGCGGGCUUCGCGGUAAAGGUGGAGGACUCUACGCUGUUCACACAGUUGGAGGCGGCUCGAGCGAGACUACUGGGACAGCCAGUGGUGGGAGAGGGGACACGGGCUGAGGGACCGGGGGAGCGGAGAGGCGAGGCGGGACAGCCGGGUGGCGGGGGACAGUGGGGACGGCACCAGCUGCGGGGUCAGGUGGAGCGAGGGACAGGUGGGCAGAGGGGACGGCAGGGGGAGCAGACGGGCCAGGACGGGGAGGGGGGACGGCACAGGCAGCAGCAGGAGAGCCAGUGGAGGCCGCGGGCCCAGGGCGCCGCGCCUCCAGGUUCGGCCUCGGGGGCGGGGCAGGGGCGGGAGCAGCAGAGAGCGGACGGAGGUACAGGAGGGGCAGCGGGAUUGGGAGGGGAGGGCCAGGGAGUGAGAGAGGCAGCAGGGGAUGGAGCAGGGGGGUCGGGAGAUCUCACCUGCCGCGACGUUGGCCAGGGUCUGAUGGUUCUUGUGGAUGUCUCCAUAGCGGAUCCACAGCGGGAGGGGAACGUGCAGCUGAGACGGGCGACCCCCACACAGAUUGGAGUGGCAGCAGCUAGGCGGGUGCAGGAGAAGCUGCGUCACUGGGGGCCGCACUUAGAGGGGCUGCAGCCGGCACCACACUUUUACGCGUGCGUGGCGGAGACCUUUGGCCUUCUGAGUGAGCCGAUGCGUCAGUUUCUGGGGCUCUGCGCAAAGAGGAUAGCACAGCGGAGGAGGGAUAGAGGUGGGGGGGAUGACGGAUCGGCACGGAUAUUUGAGGCAGGACUCACUACACGCCUCUCCGUUGCACUGCAGCGCGCGCAGGCUCAAUGCAUGAUCCAGCAUGCGUCACACCCCCUGCCCCCUCAUGCCAUCCGCUCCCCCCGCCCCUACCCUCCGCGUGCCCGCUCCCUUGCCGCCUCUUUUGACCCUCCCUGCCCCCCUCGCCGUUUCCCACCGCCCGCCAUUCGCUCCUCCCCGCCCGUGCGCUCCCCUCGUUUACCUUCUCCUCCCCCCUCCCCUCCUCUGCUGCACGCCUCUUCCUUCCCCUCGCCGACCCACUCCACUCCCUGCCCCUCCUCAAUCCGCACCCUGCCCCUCGUAUCUCGCCCCCCUAUGCUUGGUUUCUCCCCUCCCUGCCCCUCGCCGCCUUUCUCCGCCCCCCACCUCCCCCCUCUCCCUGCCCCCCCACUCUCCCACCCUUGCCCUUGGCUUCCUACCUCCCUGCCCCACCUUUCCCCCCUCUGUGUGCUCAGCUUCUCCCCUCCCUGCCCCUCCCUCCUCCCCGCCCUGCCCCUCGUUUUCCGCCCCCCCCACGCCCGGUUUCUCCCCUCCCCGCGCCUCCCUUUCUUUCUCCGUGCCUCUCCUCUGCUCCCUCCCUGCCCCCGCCUGCCCAUGCCCCUGUCUUUGGCUUCUCCCCUCCCUGCCCCACGUUUCUUCCCUCCCUGCCCCCCCCUCUGCCCCUCCCUUGUUUUCCCCUCACCCAUUGCUUCUCCCCUCCCUGCCCUUGAUUUCCCGCACCCCUGCCCUUGUUUCCUACCAUCCAUGCCCCUCGUUUCCCCCCCUUUGUACGUUCAGCCUCUUCCCUCCCUGCCCCUCCCUUCCUCCCCCCCUGCCCUUUGCUCUCCCCUCGUUACGCUCCCUUCUCCCCAUCCCUGCUGCCCUCUUACCACCAUCAGCCCAUCCCCACCACCAGCCCCCCUCCCACCCUUCUCUCCCCCCCUCCCUUUCCCUCUCUCUCUUUCUCACACACACACACGCACACUCCCCUCCCCCACCCCCCACCCACAUCCUCCCAUUCUGCCCCUCCCUGCCCCUUUCCCACCCCCUCGCACGCCCCUCACCUCCCACCUCCGUGCAACUGGUUUCCCCCCCUAUGGUGCCUCCCUUGCAUCGCUCGCCCCUCUGCUCACCCUCUGCCCGCCCCUUUUCCGUGCCCUCAGCUGGCCCAGCCCCUGCCCGUUGCUGCCCCUCCCCUUGCCCCCUCAACUCCCCUGCCCCCCGUACACCCCAGUCCCAUCCAACCGCCCCCACCCUCCCCCGGCUGCCCGUUUCCGCUCUCCACCCCCGCGACCCAUUACCGCCCCUUCUCCCCUUAUCCCCCACCACGCCCCCAAGCAGGCUUUUCUCCCCCCAGCCUCCCGUCUCCCUGCCCUUAGUACCGCCGCGCUCUGCCCGUGCGUCACCCUUGCCCACUUCAUACCACCUCCCCCUUCUCCCCCCCCCCCGGCUUCUCCCUAUCAUCACCCGCAUGUUCCCCCACUCCCCUGUCCACAACGUCCCUCCUCCACCCCCCCUCCUGCCUUCCCCACUCCCACUCUGCCCCCCACACCUCUACGAGCCGUACCUUCCCCCUCCAGCCUCCCUUUCCCCCCCAGCUACUUCCGCAUCCAGCCCACCUACCCCAGCCUCCCUCUACCUCUCCCUAACUCCACACCGCCGUUCCUACCCCCAGCCAAGGUCUACACCCCUUGCUUUUGCUCCCUGUGCUGUGCCGUCCCCAACCUCCGUCCGCCUUUCCGCGGCACCAGACCGCCUCUCCCUCCCCCAGCCAACCUCUGCACCCCCUGUUCCUGCCCCUUGUGCCUUCCAACACCCUACCUCAACCCCCCCCAGUCUCCCCCUUCUCCAACACCCUCCAUAUUUCCUCCCCCCUGGGGCUCGCCCAUCCGCAGUUAUCACCCUUCAUCGAUUCCCCAAUUCCCUCUGUCCCCUGUUUCCCGGCCCCGCAUCCUAUUCUGCAUUUACCACAGCGCCUCCUUUCGGUGCCCUCUCUGCCCUCCCACGUUCUCACCCCCCGCCUCCCAACCUUCUCAUUACCCGCUACCAGGCUCACGCCAACUCGACUACCCACUACCCUUUGCCCCUUCCUCUCUGUUCCCCACCCUUCCUUCCCCACUUGGCUCCACCUGCCCACCCCCACCUCCCGUGGAAUUCUGCCCUGCCCUCCCCACCUCUGGCCCACCACCUGUCCCCACACCCUGCUCACCCACCGCUACAUCACCCCCGCCCCCCCACCUCCACUACAGCCCGCCAACACUUCCCCUCUCAACCGGCCCCCAGCCCGCCCCCCCCUUGGGCCCCAAUCCCCUCCAACUGUCAGGCCCCCUCUACCCUCUCUUCCACCCACUGCGCACCGCUUUCCCCACCCUUUUCCCUUUCCCCAAGCUAACCCCCCGCACCCCGGCCUCUGCCAGGGAACCCGGGAGCCCCUCGGCGAUCUGGGAGGUCCCGCAGCCGAGCCACCCCCUACUCUCCCACUCCCCCCACUUCAACAGAGCAGCAGAGGCUGCAGAGGAUGGGGCAGCAAAGGCUGCACGGGAAGGGGCAAUGGGGGUUGUGGGGGAAGGGGCAGCAGAGGUUGCAGAGGAAAGGGCAGCAGAGGCUGCAAGGGAAGGGGCAGCAGCGGCUGCACGGGAAAGGGCGGCAGAGGCUGCACGGGAAGGGGCGGCAGGGACCGUGACUCUGGCCAGGCAAAGGGCAGAGGCCAUGGAGACAGGUUUUGCAGGAGUAGGGGCCACGGAACCUGCUGCUGUGUCGGCUGGGGGAACCGCAGCAGAGGAGGCUAUAGGGACCGCACCAGUCGAGGCUGCAAGGACUGCAGCAGGAGCGACAGAGGCCACAGUGGGGGCUGGUAUAGGGGGAGGUGCUACGGGUGCAGCGGGGAAGGGGGUAACGGGGACUGGUGCGAGGGAGAGUGCCGCCCCGGCUGUAGCAAGAGAGGGUACGGCAGGGGCUAGAGUGGGAGAAGGGACAGCAGUGGCCUCAAAGGCAGAAGGUGAGGCUGCAGCUGAAGCAGCAGGGAGGGCCAUAGCACGGCCAGUAGGGGCGGCAGGGGCCGCAGCAAACGCGGGGAAACACACAGCAGGGCCGGCAGGGCCGGCAGAGACUGCAAAAGGGGCUAGCAGUAAAGCGGCAGCAGGCGGGGUGGGCUCGGGGGACAUAGGGGCAACAGGGGAAGGAGAGGUGAGUGUGGUCCCGACCGGGGUGGGCACUGAAGAGGGGGAUGUGAUAGCGAUAGAGGAGGAUGAGGGAGAGGAUGUGAUGCACAUUGACGGGCCACUGGCCCAAUACCUCACGCUUGACGGUGAGGCCGACCCGGCCCCCCUGCAGCCUCACGUCGAGGUUCCCCCUCUACCCCCCAUGCCCGUCCCCAUGCUAGCAGAAGGACCGAUGGAGGGGCUGGGGGAGACCUUGAGGACAGAGCCGCGCGAGGGAGCCCCCAUCCUCACCUCCCGUCCUCCAGCCCACCCACCCCCAGGAGCACCACUUCCCCACCCCCACCCUCAGGUCCCGCCCCCCUCUCCGUCCCCAACGCCUGACCCCACGGUUGCAGGCGGUCCACCGGGAGAGCACGCGGGGCAGCACACCUCUGCCCCCACCCUCAGGGGCUCCUUAGAGCACCACGUGGAGCAGCCAGGGCUCUGGUCCUUCCUAGAGGAGCCAUGCUCCCCGACUCCUACCAACACCCAGCCACCCCCUACCGGCCCACUACCCCCCUCCUCCACCAGGCCCCCCCCCCACCCGCCCCUCGACCCCCACCUCCAACCCCCUCUCCCGGCCGGGUUCCCCACGAGUGGCCCCGUUGGGCAGCCAUCACCCCCCACACACAGCCUUGCCCGAUCUGUUCCCACGGAGGGGGAUGUUUCGAGGAGAGAGGGGAUGCACACAGAGCACCCCCCGCCUGGCGAACCACCCAUCCUCCCUCCACCCACCCCUUUGGCCCCACAGCCCCCCCUUCCUUCACAAACAGGCGCGGACAACCAGGUGGCGGCGGCCGCGAUCGCUACUGGGAUGGAGGCCGUCGGGUUGAGGGAUGCGCCCAUGGAAGACGCCACCGACUCCCCCUCCCAUCCCUCCCACCCCUUCCAUGUCGACGACCCCCUACCGCAACCCAUGGUGAUUGGGGAGGGCCAAGGGGGCCUUCUAGGGCAGGGUCCACACCCGAGCUCCGCUCAGCCAGCACGCCCCACUCCACCCUCUACCCUGCCAGCCCUCCUACUCUCACCUACAGGCAGGCAGGUCUUCGAGACCCCAGAGGAGGUGAGGGCUGGCAUUUCAGAUUUGCUGGCGAUACACCGCCCUGAGCAGCUCUCCGGCUGCCCCCACCCUUCCAGUCCCACAGGACCGGACCCGGACGUAUGCGGAGGUCACCCGCCCGUGGCGCAGGAGGUCACCAGCAGUAGGGAUGAGGCAUCCGCCCCUACCGAGACCCCUCCGCCUGGGGUAGCAGAGCCGUCACUUGAACCGCACCCCGCCGAGGGGCAGGAGCACACCACGGCACACACUUCAGGCUCACCUCCACGUCCCCCCUCCCCAGCUUCGACACCGUCGUCUCCUCCCCUCAUCCCAGGCGAUCCUCUCGGAGCUCAGGCCGCCCACGGGGUCCCCUCUACAGCCAGUUCCGACGCCACGGCCCCGAUUGACCCCGCCGACACGGCGACAUCACCCGACCAGGUCGUGAGUUGCCCCACCUGCAGGAGCUCUCUCGCGAACCGACGCGCGCUCCAGCACCACAUUCCCUUCUGCCAUCCUGCGGACGCGGCUCGCAGGGCGCAGGCUGCCCAUGAUACCGCCUCGAUCAUCCCUUCCCUCUCACAGCCCCGUGCGACCGGGAUACAGUUCACCGACGCACAGUGGCAGACGCUCGACUCGGUGGACUGGACAGAGUACUUCUCGCCCGAGCGUAUCCAUACACGCCCUCUCCGACGUGUCCCGGAGAGGGUCCGCGGAGGAUAUCUCGACGUCCUCAGUGCGAUCCUAGUCCGCAUUGCCCAGGACCCGGAGGCUGCUGGCCCUACCUUCCUCCUCGCUGCAGCGCCGACUCUUUUCCUUGUUCCAGCGACGCCACCCGACCGCUCGCACACGGCUGCCAUUGCAACGCGCAUCUCCCGCUUUGGUCGAGGUGAGUGGGCUGAGCUAGUCUCAGAUGCACUAGGCCGUCGCACACCCCUUCCUCGGCGCACAGGUCACCGGUCACGCACCGCCACCGAUCCCUCUACAGCAGAUGAGCGCCGCAUUGCACGUUGCCUUCGUCUGGCAGCGUGCAAUGAGACCUCACGGGCGUGCGCGGCUCUCGAGUCCGCGGAGGCAGCCCCAGAUACACAGGGGACGAUACAGCGCCUGCAGUCGAAGCACCCCAACGCGGAGAGGCCGACCCCAGCUUGGCAGUCUGGCUUCCAGGGGUCCCCUCUCGUGCUCUCGGUGGAUCACUUACGCCGCGCGAUUUUCACAGCUCCGCGGGGCUCUUCGGGAGGACCGUCCGGUUGGGUCGCUGAGCACCUGCGAGACACUUUCCUAGCUUUCCCUCAGAGUCUCCAUUUCCUCCUGGCCGUGUACCAGCAGUGGCUCCGAGGCCGUUGCGCUCCAGCUGCGCGCUCCUUGCUAGCGUCUUCCACCCUCGUGGCUCUGGCGAAGUCGAACAUGGAUGUUCGGCCGAUUGCCAUCGGCGAGGUUUUGGUCCGCAUUCUUUCUCGUGCAGUCUGUCUCCAGCUACGUGACCAGAUGGCGAGGGUCUUCUUGGCGUCACAGCAGUUUGGGGUGGGGGUUACGUGCGGGACAGAGGUCGUAGUUAGAGGCGUCCGCCGCGCUCUGGCUGACCACCCAGACUGGGUGGUCCUGCAGCUAGACGUGGCGAAUGCCUUUAACUCUUUCCACCGAGACAGGAUGUUCCAGGCGCUGCAGGCCAGCCCGGAGUUUCAGUGUCCUGAUCCCCUUCAUCGGCCUCUUCUACGGGACGCCCUCGGAUCUCCACUACAGCGUCUUGCUUUGGAGCCGGUUCUGGUGGAGGGGGAUGUCCAGCUCUGGUCGUACGCCGAUGACACGUACGUGCUAGGUCCCCCAGACAGGGUGCUGCACCACUUUGCCGAGAUCGCGUUUCGGCAGAGCUUCGCUUCAGGUGAGCCAGAGCAGAUCGACCGGGCUCUGCAGACGGCGCUAGAGGGUCUCCCACCUGACGUUCUCUCUCUCCUUCCCCCCUGGCCCUCUUGCGCUUCUGCCUCCCCCGAUUCCCUUUUUGCAGGAGCGAGCCGUCUUCUGGAGGCGCAUGCCUUGGAGGCCGUGCGUGCCCGUCACGCCUCUCCCUUGCACCUUGCCCGUUUGACUUCCCUUCAGGGCGGAGGUGCAGGGGCGUGGUUGACGUCGGUGCCGUACGCUGACCCACUGCGCAUCCCGGAGGCGCUGUGGCAGGCGGCUUCAUCUUCUCGUCUUGGUCUCCCUAUCCCCCAGUUAGCCCUUGCAGGUCAGUGCUCCUGCGGACAGGCGAUUGACGACAUGACGGUGCCUCAUCACGCGGUUCGCCAGUGGUGGGAGAGGGGACGCGGGCUGAGGGACCGGGGGAGCAGAGAGGCGAGGCGGGAUCAGCCGGGUGGCGGGGGACAGUGGGGACAGCACCAGCUGCGGGGUCAGGUGGAGCGAGGGAUAGGUGGGCAGAGGGGACGGCAGGGGGAGCAGACGGGCCAGGACGGGGAGGGGAGACGGCACAGGCAGCAGCAGGAGAGCCAGUGGAGGCCGCGGGCCCAGGGCGCCGCGCCUCCAGGUUCGGCCUCGGGGGUGGGGCAGGGGCGGGAGCAGCAGAGAGCGGACGGAGGUACAGGAGGGGCAGCGGGAUUGGGAGGGGAGGGCCAGGGAGUGAGAGAGGCAGCAGGGGAUGGAGCAGGGGGGUCGGGAGGGUUGGGGGAGGGUAGAGAGGGGGAGGGGAGAGGACAGGUGGAUGGAGGAGAGGAGAGGGGGAGAGAGACGAUCGGAGAGGAGGCACCAAGGGACCAGACAGGGCAGCAGCCAGCGCAACAGCAGGGACCAGUCGGACGCACAGGCCGUGUAGGCACCGCCUCCCGCAUCCCAGACCUCACCUGCCGCGACGUUGGCCAGGGUCUGAUGGUUCUUGUGGAUGUCUCCAUAGCGGAUCCACAGCGGGAGGGGAACGUGCAGCUGAGACGGGCGACCCCCACACAGAUUGGAGUGGCAGCAGCUAGGCGGGUGCAGGAGAAGCUGCGGCACUGGGGGCCGCACUUAGAGGGGCUGCAGCCGGCACCACACUUUUACGCGUGCGUGGCGGAGACCUUUGGCCUUCUGAGUGAGCCGCUGCGUCAGUUUCUGGGGCUCUGCGCAAAGAGGAUAGCACAGCGGAGGAGGGAUAGAGGUGGGGGGGAUGACGGAUCGGCACGGAUAUUUGAGGCAGGACUCACUACACGCCUCUCCGUUGCACUGCAGCGCGCGCAGGCUCAAUGCAUGAUCCAGCAUGCGUCACACCCCCUGCCCCCUCAUGCCAUCCGCUCCCCCCGCCCCUACCCUCCGCGUGCCCGCUCCCUUGCCGCCUCUUUUGACCCUCCCUGCCCCCCUCGCCGUUUCCCACCGCCCGCCAUUCGCUCCUCCCCGCCCGUGCGCUCCCCUCCUUUACCUUCUCCUCCCCCCUCCCCUCCUCUGCUGCACGCCUCUUCCUUCCCCUCGCCGACCCACUCCACUCCCUGCCCCUCCUCAAUCCGCACCCUGCCCCUCGUAUCUCGCCCCCCUAUGCUUGGUUUCUCCCCUCCCUGCCCCUCGCCGCCUUUCCCCGCUCCCCACCUCCCCCCUCUCCCUGCCCCCCCACUCUCCCCCCCUUGUCCUUGGCUUCCUACCUCCCUGCCUCACCUUUCCCCCCUCCGUGUGCUCAGCUUCUCCCCUCCCUGCCCCUCCCUCCUCCCCGCCCUGCCCCUCAUUUUCCGCCCCCCCCACGCCCGGUUUCUCCCCUCCCCGCGCCUCCCUUUCUUUCUCCGUGCCUCUCCUUUGCUCCCUCCCUGCCCCCGCCUGCCCAUGCCCCUGUCUUUGGCUUCUCCCCUCCCUGCCCCACGUUUCUUCCCUCCCUGCCCCCCCGUCUGCCCCUCCCUUGUUUUCCCCUCACCCAUUGCUUCUCUCCUCCCUGCCCUUGAUUUCCCACACCCCUGCCCUCGUUUCCUAUCAUCCAUGCCCCUCGUUUCCCCCCUUUGUACGUUCAGCCUCUUCCCUCCCUGCCCCUCCCUUCCUCCCCCCCUGCCCUUUGCUCUCCCCUCGUUACGCUCCCUUCUCCCCAUCCCUGCUGCCCUCUUACCACCAUCAGCCCAUCCCCACGACCAGCCCCCCUCCCACCCUUCAAUCCCCCCCUCCCUCUCUCUCUCUCUCUCUCUCUCUCUCUCUCUCUCUCUCUCUCUCUUUCUCACACACACACACACGCACACUCCCCUCCCCCACCCCCCCACGUACAUCCUCCCAUUCUGCCCCUCCCUGCCCCUUUCCCACCCCCUCGCACGCCCCUCACCUCCCACCUCCGUGCAACUGGUUUCCCCCCUAUGGUGCCACCCUUGCAUCGCUCGCCCCUCUGCUCACCCUCUGCCCGCCCCUUUUCCGUGCCCUCAGUUGGCCCAGCCCCUGCCCGUUGCUGCCCCUCCCCUUGCCCCCUCAACUCCCCUGCCCCCCGUACACCCCAAGUCCCAUCCAACCGCCCCCACCCUCCCCCGGCUGCCCGUUUCCGCUCUCCACCCCCGCGACCGUGUGCGGCUUCCAACCGCCCAACGGUGGUGCGCACGGGGCCAUUACCGCCCCUCUCCCCUUAUCCCCCACCACGCCCCCAAGCAGGCUUUUCUCCCCCCAGCCCCCCGUCUCCCUGCCCUUAGUACCGCCGCGCUCUGCCCGUGCGUCACCCUCGCCCACUUCAUACCACCUCCCCCUUCUCCCCCCCCCCGGCUUCUCCCUAUCAUCACCCGCAUGUUCCCCCACUCCCCUGUCCACAACGUCCCUCCUCCACCCCCCCUCCUGCCUUCCCCACUCCCACUCUGCCCCCCACACCUCUACGAGCCGUACCUCCCCCUCCAGCCUCCCUUUUCCCCCCCAGCUACUUCCGCAUCCAGCGGUCUACACCCCUUGCUUUUGCUCCCUGUGCUGUGCCGUCCCCAACCUCCGUCCGCCUUUCCGCGGCACCAGACCGCCUCUCCCUCCCCCAGCCAACCUCUGCACCCCCUGUUCCUGCCCCUUGUGCCUUCCAACACCCUACCCCAACCCCCCCCAGUCUCCCCCUUCUCCAACACCCUCCAUAUUUCCUCCCCCCUGGGGCUCGCCCAUCCGCACGCCUCCUUUCGGUGCCCUCUCGGCCCUCCCACGUUCUCACCCCCCGCCUCCCAACCUUCUCAUUACCCGCUACCAGGCUCACGCCAACUCGACUACCCACUACCCUUUGCCCCUUCCUCUCUGUUCCCCACCCUUCCUUCCCCACUUGGCUCCACCUGCCCACCCCCACCUCCCGUGGAAUUCUGCCCUGCCCUCCCCACCUCUGGCCCACCACCUGUCCCCACACCCUGCUCACCCACCACUACAUCACCCCCGCCCCCCCACCUCCACUACAGCCCGCCAACACUUCCCCUCUCAACCGGCCCCCAGCCCGCCCCCCCCUUGGGCCCCAAUCCCCUCCAACUGUCAGGCCCCCUCUACCCUCUCUUCCACCCACUGCGCACCGCUUUCCCCACCCUUUUUCCAUUUCCCCAAGCUAACCCCCCGCACCCCGGCCUCUGCCAGGGAGUUCCUUCCCCCUUUGACGCCCUCUUGAGCCAACUCCAGCAACUCACACCGCCACCGCCAGGCAUGCUGCCUCUAUUACUUGUGAAAACACUUAAUCCUACUAGCACCCCCAAGCACAUAGAAGCGGGAGAGGGCAGAGCCAGGGGGGAACUUGCAGCUAACACUGCACGGGAAGGGGUAAGUGAAUUUGUGUGUGAAGGAGCAGCAGAGGCUGCAGAGGAUGGGGCAGCAAAGGCUGCACGGGAAGGGGCAAUGGGGGUUGUGGGGGAAGGGGCAGCAGAGGUUGCAGAGGAAAGGGCAGCAGAGGCUGCAAGGGAAGGGGCAGCAGCGGCUGCACGGGAAAGGGCGGCAGAGGCUGCACGGGAAGGGGCGGCAGGGACCGUGACUCUGGCCAGGCAAAGGGCAGAGGCCAUGGAGACAGUAGGGGCGGCAGGGGCCGCAGCAAACGCGGGGAAACACACAGCAGGGCCGGCAGAGACUGCAAAAGGGGCUAGCAGUAAAGCGGCAGCAGGCGGGGUGGGCUCGGGGGACAUAGGGGCAACAGGGGAAGGAGAGGUGAGUGUGGUCCCGACCGGGGUGGGCACUGAAGAGGGGGAUGUGAUAGCGAUAGAGGAGGAUGAGGGAGAGGAUGUGAUGCACAUUGACGGGCCACUGGCCCAAUACCUCACGCUUGACGGUGAGGCCGACCCGGCCCCCCUGCAGCCUCACGUCGAGGUUCCCCCUCUACCCCCCAUGCCCGUCCCCAUGCUAGCAGAAGGACCGAUGGAGGGGCUGGGGGAGACCUUGAGGACAGAGCCGCGCGAGGGAGCCCCCAUCCUCACCUCCCGUCCUCCAGCCCACCCACCCCCAGGAGCACCACUUCCCCACCCCCACCCUCAGGUCCCGGUAGUAUCCAGGGGGGCAGCCAAGGCCCUGGCCUUCUUGGCGGAGCCGUGCUCCCCGACCCCCACGUUGCUCCAUGGCCAGCCCCCCUCUCCGUCCCCAACGCCUGACCCCACGGUUGCAGGCGGUCCACCGGGAGAGCACGCGGCACACCUCUGCCCCCACCCUCAGGGGCUCCUUAGAGCACCACGUGGAGCAGCCAGGGCUCUGGCCUUCCUAGAGGAGCCAUGCUCCCCGACUCCUACCAACACCCAGCCACCCCCUACCGGCCCACUACCCCCCCCUCCACCAGGCCCCCCCCCCACCCGCCCCUCGACCCCCACCUCCAACCCCCUCUCCCGGCCGGGUUCCCCACGAGUGGCCCCGUUGGGCAGCCAUCACCCCCCACACACAGCCUGCCCGAUCUGUUCCCACGGAGGGGGAUGUUUCGAGGAGAGAGGGGAUGCACACAGAGCACCCCCCGCCUGGCGAACCACCCAUCCUCCCUCCACCCACCCCUUUGGCCCCACAGCCCCCCCUUCCUUCACAAACAGGCGCGGACAACCAGGUUGGCCGCCGGCGGAAGAACAGGGGCAGAGGAGGCAGAGGGUCAGCCCACCCCGACCACCAAACCUACACUCCCGCCCCGCUCCUGCACCUCCACAGGGCCAUGGGAGCGGACCAGCCCACUCACCCCCAUUCUGCCCCUCCCGUGCUGUGUCCCCCUCCCAGGUGGCGGCGGCCGCGAUCGCUACUGGGAUGGAGGCCGUCGGGUUGAGGGAUGCGCCCAUGGAAGACGCCACCGACUCCCCCUCCCAUCCCUCCCACCCCUUCCAUGUCGACGACCCCCUACCGCAACCCAUGGUGAUUGGGGAGGGCCAAGGGGGCCUUCUAGGGCAGGGUCCACACCCGAGCUCCGCUCAGCCAGCACGCCCCACUCCACCCUCUACCCUGCCAGCCCUCCUACUCUCACCUACAGGCAGGCAGGUCUUCGAGACCCCAGAGGAGGUGAGGGCUGGCAUUUCAGAUUUGCUGGCGAUACACCGCCCGAGCAGCUCUCCGGCUGCCCCCACCCUUCCAGUCCCACAGGACCGGACCCGGACGUAUGCGGAGGUCACCCGGUCUGUCCCUUCUUUUAUCCCCCCCGCCACUCAGCUAGGCGCGUCACUCCCGACCCCAAUGGAGACGGACCGGGUUCUGAGGCCGUGUCACUCGCACCUAGAUGGGGUGGCGCCUCCCCCCGUUCAGCCCGUGGCGCAGGAGGUCACCAGCAGUAGGGAUGAGGCAUCCGCCCCUACCGAGACCCCUCCGCCUGGGGUAGCAGAGCCGUCACUUGAACCGCACCCCGCCGAGGGGCAGGAGCACACCACGGCACACACUUCAGGCUCACCUCCACGUCCCCCCUCCCCAGCUUCGACACCGUCGUCUCCUCCCCUCAUCCCAGGCGAUCCUCUCGGAGCUCAGGCCGCCCACGGGGUCCCCUCUACAGCCAGUUCCGACGCCACGGCCCCGAUUGACCCCGCCGACACGGCGACAUCACCCGACCAGGUCGUGAGUUGCCCCACCUGCAGGAGCUCUCUCGCGAACCGACGCGCGCUCCAGCACCACAUUCCCUUCUGCCAUCCUGCGGACGCGGCUCGCAGGGCGCAGGCUGCCCAUGAUACCGCCUCGAUCAUCCCUUCCCUCUCACAGCCCCGUGCGACCGGGAUACAGUUCACCGACGCACAGUGGCAGACGCUCGACUCGGUGGACUGGACAGAGUACUUCUCGCCCGAGCGUAUCCAUACACGCCCUCUCCGACGUGUCCCGGAGAGGGUCCGCGGAGGAUAUCUCGACGUCCUCAGUGCGAUCCUAGUCCGCAUUGCCCAGGACCCGGAGGCUGCUGGCCCUACCUUCCUCCUCGCUGCAGCGCCGACUCUUUUCCUUGUUCCAGCGACGCCACCCGACCGCUCGCACACGGCUGCCAUUGCAACGCGCAUCUCCCGCUUUGGUCGAGGUGAGUGGGCUGAGCUAGUCUCAGAUGCACUAGGCCGUCGCACACCCCUUCCUCGGCGCACAGGUCACCGGUCACGCACCGCCACCGAUCCCUCUACAGCAGAUGAGCGCCGCAUUGCACGUUGCCUUCGUCUGGCAGCGUGCAAUGAGACCUCACGGGCGUGCGCGGCUCUCGAGUCCGCGGAGGCAGCCCCAGAUACACAGGGGACGAUACAGCGCCUGCAGUCGAAGCACCCCAACGCGGAGAGGCCGACCCCAGCUUGGCAGUCUGGCUUCCAGGGGUCCCCUCUCGUGCUCUCGGUGGAUCACUUACGCCGCGCGAUUUUCACAGCUCCGCGGGGCUCUUCGGGAGGACCGUCCGGUUGGGUCGCUGAGCACCUGCGAGACACUUUCCUAGCUUUCCCUCAGAGUCUCCAUUUCCUCCUGGCCGUGUACCAGCAGUGGCUCCGAGGCCGUUGCGCUCCAGCUGCGCGCUCCUUGCUAGCGUCUUCCACCCUCGUGGCUCUGGCGAAGUCGAACAUGGAUGUUCGGCCGAUUGCCAUCGGCGAGGUUUUGGUCCGCAUUCUUUCUCGUGCAGUCUGUCUCCAGCUACGUGACCAGAUGGCGAGGGUCUUCUUGGCGUCACAGCAGUUUGGGGUGGGGGUUAUGUGCGGGACAGAGGUCGUAGUUAGAGGCGUCCGCCGCGCUCUGGCUGACCACCCAGACUGGGUGGUCCUGCAGCUAGACGUGGCGAAUGCCUUUAACUCUUUCCACCGAGACAGGAUGUUCCAGGCGCUGCAGGCCAGCCCGGAGUUUCAGUGCCUGAUCCCCUUCAUCGGCCUCUUCUACGGGACGCCCUCGGAUCUCCACUACAGGUCAGGCACGGGAGUGGUCACGAUGCACUCGGAGCGGGGCACUCGCCAGGGAGACCCUCUCAGCCCCUUCUUGUACGCUCUGACACAGCGUCUUGCUUUGGAGCCGGUUCUGGUGGAGGGGGAUGUCCAGCUCUGGUCGUACGCCGAUGACACGUACGUGCUAGGUCCCCCAGACAGGGUGCUGCACCACUUUGCCGAGAUCGUGAGGCGCUUGGGCGAGAUGGGCCUUGCAGCCCAGCCGCACAAGUGCCUCGUCUACCAGACAGAGUCCUUUCUGUCCAGGGAUCUGGAGGCCUUCACGGGCCUAGGGAUCGAGGUCGCACGCCGAGGGCUCACCGUGACAGGCGUACCGGUAGGCACCGUUUCGUUCGUGGAGCAGAGUCUCCCGGAUCGUCUCGAGAGGAUGGGGCGGGUGCUACCUUGGCUUCCGAGGUUGCGCCAGCCCCAGACAGCUGCCCGCCUUCUGUCGGCGUGUGUCAGCACUCGUCCGCAGUACCUGUCGAGGACCGUCCCUCCUUCGCCCGCAGUGAUCUCUAGUUUUACACGGUGGGACGCACGCCUGGGAGAGACAUUUCAGCAGCUUUUAGCUUCAGGGACCUGGGCUUGUCGCGAGGACGUCCGAGAGGCCGCCCUAGACCAGAUCUUCCUCCCCAUCCGUCUCGGGGGUUUCGGCAUUCGUCGCAUGGCACGCAUUGCCCCGGUGAGUUUCGUGUGCUCCUGGGUGCAGUGUGCUCCCAUUCUCUGUUCUCUCCCUGCGUGUGGCGAGGCGUUUCGGCAGAGCUUCGCUUCAGGUGAGCCAGAGCAGAUCGACCGGGCUCUGCAGACGGCGCUAGAGGGUCUCCCACCUGACGUUCUCUCUCUCCUUCCCCCCUGGCCCUCUUGCGCUUCUGCCUCCCCCGAUUCCCUUUUUGCAGGAGCGAGCCGUCUUCUGGAGGCGCAUGCCUUGGAGGCCGUGCGUGCCCGUCACGCCUCUCCCUUGCACCUUGCCCGUUUGACUUCCCUUCAGGGCGGAGGUGCAGGGGCGUGGUUGACGUCGGUGCCGUACGCUGACCCACUGCGCAUCCCGGAGGCGCUGUGGCAGGCGGCUUCAUCUUCUCGUCUUGGUCUCCCUAUCCCCCAGUUAGCCCUUGCAGGUCAGUGCUCCUGCGGACAGGCGAUUGACGACAUGACGGUGCCUCAUCACGCGGUUCGGUGCCCGCGCUACGGGGUCGCCACUACCAUCCACGACACGGUGAAGUACAUGCUUCGAGACUUUGCGGUCGAGGCGGGCUUCGCGGUAAAGGUGGAGGACUCUACGCUGUUCACACAGUUGGAGGCGGCUCGAGCGAGACUACUGGGACAGCCAGUGGUGGGAGAGGGGACGCGGGCUGAGGGACCGGGGGAGCAGAGAGGCGAGGCGGGACAGCCGGGUGGCGGGGGACAGUGGGGACAGCACCAGCUGCGGGGUCAGGUGGAGCGAGGGAUAGGUGGGCAGAGGGGACGGCAGGGGGAGCAGACGGGCCAGGACGGGGAGGGGAGACGGCACAGGCAGCAGCAGGAGAGCCAGUGGAGGCCGCGGGCCCAGGGCGCCGCGCCUCCAGGUUCGGCCUCGGGGGUGGGGCAGGGGCGGGAGCAGCAGAGAGCGGACGGAGGUACAGGAGGGGCAGCGGGAUUGGGAGGGGAGGGCCAGGGAGUGAGAGAGGCAGCAGGGGAUGGAGCAGGGGGGUCGGGAGGGUUGGGGGAGGGUAGAGAGGGGGAGGGGAGAGGACAGGUGGAUGGAGGAGAGGAGAGGGGGAGAGAGACGAUCGGAGAGGAGGCACCAAGGGACCAGACAGGGCAGCAGCCAGCGCAACAGCAGGGACCAGUCGGACGCACAGGCCGUGUAGGCACCGCCUCCCGCAUCCCAGACCUCACCUGCCGCGACGUUGGCCAGGGUCUGAUGGUUCUUGUGGAUGUCUCCAUAGCGGAUCCACAGCGGGAGGGGAACGUGCAGCUGAGACGGGCGACCCCCACACAGAUUGGAGUGGCAGCAGCUAGGCGGGUGCAGGAGAAGCUGCGGCACUGGGGGCCGCACUUAGAGGGGCUGCAGCCGGCACCACACUUUUACGCGUGCGUGGCGGAGACCUUUGGCCUUCUGAGUGAGCCGCUGCGUCAGUUUCUGGGGCUCUGCGCAAAGAGGAUAGCACAGCGGAGGAGGGAUAGAGGUGGGGGGGAUGACGGAUCGGCACGGAUAUUUGAGGCAGGACUCACUACACGCCUCUCCGUUGCACUGCAGCGCGCGCAGGCUCAAUGCAUGAUCCAGCAUGCGGUGCGGCAGUUAGGGAGAUCCGACGACGGGUGGAUGCCCGCACCAGUCCCACUGGGUGCGGGGCAGGGUACUUGGCACCACGUCACAGGUCACACCCCCUGCCCCCUCAUGCCAUCCGCUCCCCCCGCCCCUACCCUCCGCGUGCCCGCUCCCUUGCCGCCUCUUUUGACCCUCCCUGCCCCCCCUCGCCGUUUCCCACCGCCCGCCAUUCGCUCCUCCCCGCCCGUGCGCUCCCCUCCUUUACCUUCUCCUCCCCCCUCCCCUCCUCUGCUGCACGCCUCUUCCUUCCCCUCGCCGACCCACUCCACUCCCUGCCCCUCCUCAAUCCGCACCCUGCCCCUCGUAUCUCGCCCCCCUAUGCUUGGUUUCUCCCCUCCCUGCCCCUCGCCGCCUUUCCCCGCUCCCCACCUCCCCCCUCUCCCUGCCCCCCCACUCUCCCCCCCUUGUCCUUGGCUUCCUACCUCCCUGCCUCACCUUUCCCCCCUCCGUGUGCUCAGCUUCUCCCCUCCCUGCCCCUCCCUCCUCCCCGCCCUGCCCCUCAUUUUCCGCCCCCCCCACGCCCGGUUUCUCCCCUCCCCGCGCCUCCCUUUCUUUCUCCGUGCCUCUCCUUUGCUCCCUCCCUGCCCCCGCCUGCCCAUGCCCCUGUCUUUGGCUUCUCCCCUCCCUGCCCCACGUUUCUUCCCUCCCUGCCCCCCCGUCUGCCCCUCCCUUGUUUUCCCCUCACCCAUUGCUUCUCUCCUCCCUGCCCUUGAUUUCCCACACCCCUGCCCUCGUUUCCUAUCAUCCAUGCCCCUCGUUUCCCCCCUUUGUACGUUCAGCCUCUUCCCUCCCUGCCCCUCCCUUCCUCCCCCCCUGCCCUUUGCUCUCCCCUCGUUACGCUCCCUUCUCCCCAUCCCUGCUGCCCUCUUACCACCAUCAGCCCAUCCCCACGACCAGCCCCCCUCCCACCCUUCAAUCCCCCCCUCCCUCUCUCUCUCUCUCUCUCUCUCUCUCUCUCUCUCUCUCUUUCUCACACACACACACACGCACACUCCCCUCCCCCACCCCCCCACGUACAUCCUCCCAUUCUGCCCCUCCCUGCCCCUUUCCCACCCCCUCGCACGCCCCUCACCUCCCACCUCCGUGCAACUGGUUUCCCCCCUAUGGUGCCACCCUUGCAUCGCUCGCCCCUCUGCUCACCCUCUGCCCGCCCCUUUUCCGUGCCCUCAGUUGGCCCAGCCCCUGCCCGUUGCUGCCCCUCCCCUUGCCCCCUCAACUCCCCUGCCCCCCGUACACCCCAAGUCCCAUCCAACCGCCCCCACCCUCCCCCGGCUGCCCGUUUCCGCUCUCCACCCCCGCGACCGUGUGCGGCUUCCAACCGCCCAACGGUGGUGCGCACGGGGCCAUUACCGCCCCUCUCCCCUUAUCCCCCACCACGCCCCCAAGCAGGCUUUUCUCCCCCCAGCCCCCCGUCUCCCUGCCCUUAGUACCGCCGCGCUCUGCCCGUGCGUCACCCUCGCCCACUUCAUACCACCUCCCCCUUCUCCCCCCCCCCGGCUUCUCCCUAUCAUCACCCGCAUGUUCCCCCACUCCCCUGUCCACAACGUCCCUCCUCCACCCCCCCUCCUGCCUUCCCCACUCCCACUCUGCCCCCCACACCUCUACGAGCCGUACCUCCCCCUCCAGCCUCCCUUUUCCCCCCCAGCUACUUCCGCAUCCAGCCCACCUACCCCAGCCUCCCUCUACCUCUCCCUAACUCCACACCGCCGUUCCUACCCCCAGCCAAGGUCUACACCCCUUGCUUUUGCUCCCUGUGCUGUGCCGUCCCCAACCUCCGUCCGCCUUUCCGCGGCACCAGACCGCCUCUCCCUCCCCCAGCCAACCUCUUGCACCCCCUGUUCCUGCCCCUUGUGCCUUCCAACACCCUACCUCCAACCCCCCCCAGUCUCCCCCUUCUCCAACACCCUCCAUAUUUCCUCCCCCCUGGGGCUCGCCCAUCCGCACGCCUCCUUUCGGUGCCCUCUCGGCCCUCCCACGUUCUCACCCCCCGCCUCCCAACCUUCUCAUUACCCGCUACCAGGCUCACGCCAACUCGACUACCCACUACCCUUUGCCCCUUCCUCUCUGUUCCCCACCCUUCCUUCCCCACUUGGCUCCACCUGCCCACCCCCACCUCCCGUGGAAUUCUGCCCUGCCCUCCCCACCUCUGGCCCACCACCUGUCCCCACACCCUGCUCACCCACCGCUACAUCACCCCCGCCCCCCCACCUCCACUACAGCCCGCCAACACUUCCCCUCUCAACCGGCCCCCAGCCCGCCCCCCCCUUGGGCCCCAAUCCCCUCCAACUGUCAGGCCCCCUCUACCCUCUCUUCCACCCACUGCGCACCGCUUUCCCCACCCUUUUUCCAUUUCCCCAAGCUAACCCCCCGCACCCCGGCCUCUGCCAGGGAGUUCCUUCCCCCUUUGACGCCCUCUUGAGCCAACUCCAGCAACUCACACCGCCACCGCCAGGCAUGCUGCCUCUAUUACUUGUGAAAACACUUAAUCCUACUAGCACCCCCAAGCACAUAGAAGCGGGAGAGGGCAGAGCCAGGGGGGAACUUGCAGCUAACACUGCACGGGAAGGGGUAAGUGAAUUUGUGUGUGAAGGAGCAGCAGAGGCUGCAGAGGAUGGGGCAGCAAAGGCUGCACGGGAAGGGGCAAUGGGGGUUGUGGGGGAAGGGGCAGCAGAGGUUGCAGAGGAAAGGGCAGCAGAGGCUGCAAGGGAAGGGGCAGCAGCGGCUGCACGGGAAAGGGCGGCAGAGGCUGCACGGGAAGGGGCGGCAGGGACCGUGACUCUGGCCAGGCAAAGGGCAGAGGCCAUGGAGACAGAGUGGGAGAAGGGGACAGCAGUGGCCUCAAAGGCAGAAGGUGAGGCUGCAGCUGAAGCAGCAGGGAGGGCCAUAGCACGGCCAGUAGGGGCGGCAGGGGCCGCAGCAAACGCGGGGAAACACACAGCAGGGCCGGCAGAGACUGCAAAAGGGGCUAGCAGUAAAGCGGCAGCAGGCGGGGUGGGCUCGGGGGACAUAGGGGCAACAGGGGAAGGAGAGGUGAGUGUGGUCCCGACCGGGGUGGGCACUGAAGAGGGGGAUGUGAUAGCGAUAGAGGAGGAUGAGGGAGAGGAUGUGAUGCACAUUGACGGGCCACUGGCCCAAUACCUCACGCUUGACGGUGAGGCCGACCCGGCCCCCCUGCAGCCUCACGUCGAGGUUCCCCCUCUACCCCCCAUGCCCGUCCCCAUGCUAGCAGAAGGACCGAUGGAGGGGCUGGGGGAGACCUUGAGGACAGAGCCGCGCGAGGGAGCCCCCAUCCUCACCUCCCGUCCUCCAGCCCACCCACCCCCAGGAGCACCACUUCCCCACCCCCACCCUCAGGUCCCGGUAGUAUCCAGGGGGGCAGCCAAGGCCCUGGCCUUCUUGGCGGAGCCGUGCUCCCCGACCCCCACGUUGCUCCAUGGCCAGCCCCCCUCUCCGUCCCCAACGCCUGACCCCACGGUUGCAGGCGGUCCACCGGGAGAGCACGCGGCACACCUCUGCCCCCACCCUCAGGGGCUCCUUAGAGCACCACGUGGAGCAGCCAGGGCUCUGGCCUUCCUAGAGGAGCCAUGCUCCCCGACUCCUACCAACACCCAGCCACCCCCUACCGGCCCACUACCCCCCCCUCCACCAGGCCCCCCCCCCACCCGGGGCCCACAGGAGAGGCCACCACAGAGCCCACACAAAUCUCUCUCCCCCCACCGCUUGUACCUCGCUCUAACCUCCACACUGGCCCAGCCCCUCGACCCCCACCUCCAACCCCCUCUCCCGGCCGGGUUCCCCACGAGUGGCCCCGUUGGGCAGCCAUCACCCCCCACACACAGCCUGCCCGAUCUGUUCCCACGGAGGGGGAUGUUUCGAGGAGAGAGGGGAUGCACACAGAGCACCCCCCGCCUGGCGAACCACCCAUCCUCCCUCCACCCACCCCUUUGGCCCCACAGCCCCCCCUUCCUUCACAAACAGGCGCGGACAACCAGGUUGGCCGCCGGCGGAAGAACAGGGGCAGAGGAGGCAGAGGGUCAGCCCACGUACUCCCCCCUCCCUCCCUCCCCCACCCAAGAGCCCCUCCCCACCCCACAUCCCGUUGAACCCUUACCAGGCCCUACCUCUACAGCCCGACCACCAAACCUACACUCCCGCCCCGCUCCUGCACCUCCACAGGGCCAUGGGAGCGGACCAGCCCACUCACCCCCAUUCUGCCCCUCCCGUGCUGUGUCCCCCUCCCAGGUGGCGGCGGCCGCGAUCGCUACUGGGAUGGAGGCCGUCGGGUUGAGGGAUGCGCCCAUGGAAGACGCCACCGACUCCCCCUCCCAUCCCUCCCACCCCUUCCAUGUCGACGACCCCCUACCGCAACCCAUGGUGAUUGGGGAGGGCCAAGGGGGCCUUCUAGGGCAGGGUCCACACCCGAGCUCCGCUCAGCCAGCACGCCCCACUCCACCCUCUACCCUGCCAGCCCUCCUACUCUCACCUACAGGCAGGCAGGUCUUCGAGACCCCAGAGGAGGUGAGGGCUGGCAUUUCAGAUUUGCUGGCGAUACACCGCCCGAGCAGCUCUCCGGCUGCCCCCACCCUUCCAGUCCCACAGGACCGGACCCGGACGUAUGCGGAGGUCACCCGGUCUGUCCCUUCUUUUAUCCCCCCCGCCACUCAGCCAGGCGCGUCACUCCCGACCCCAAUGGAGACGGACCGGGUUCUGAGGCCGUGUCACGCGCACCUAGACGGGGUGGCGCCUCCCCCCGUUCAGCCCGUGGCGCAGGAGGUCACCAGCAGUAGGGAUGAGGCAUCCGCCCCUACCGAGACCCCUCCGCCUGGGGUAGCAGAGCCGUCACUUGAACCGCACCCCGCCGAGGGGCAGGAGCACACCACGGCACACACUUCAGGCUCACCUCCACGUCCCCCCUCCCCAGCUUCGACACCGGUACCGGCACGAGGCCCGGCCCUAUCCUGUGCGACACCACCUCUAUCUUCGCUGACACCCCCCCCGCGCGGGGCUGGUGAGUCGUCUCCUCCCCUCAUCCCAGGCGAUCCUCUCGGAGCUCAGGCCGCCCACGGGGUCCCCUCUACAGCCAGUUCCGACGCCACGGCCCCGAUUGACCCCGCCGACACGGCGACAUCACCCGACCAGGUCGUGAGUUGCCCCACCUGCAGGAGCUCUCUCGCGAACCGACGCGCGCUCCAGCACCACAUUCCCUUCUGCCAUCCUGCGGACGCGGCUCGCAGGGCGCAGGCUGCCCAUGAUACCGCCUCGAUCAUCCCUUCCCUCUCACAGCCCCGUGCGACCGGGAUACAGUUCACCGACGCACAGUGGCAGACGCUCGACUCGGUGGACUGGACAGAGUACUUCUCGCCCGAGCGUAUCCAUGCACGCCCUCUCCGACGUGUCCCGGAGAGGGUCCGCGGAGGAUAUCUCGACGUCCUCAGUGCGAUCCUAGUCCGCAUUGCCCAGGACCCGGAGGCUGCUGGCCCUACCUUCCUCCUCGCUGCAGCGCCGACUCUUUUCCUUGUUCCAGCGACGCCACCCGACCGCUCGCACACGGCUGCCAUUGCAACGCGCAUCUCCCGCUUUGGUCGAGGUGAGUGGGCUGAGCUAGUCUCAGAUGCACUAGGCCGUCGCACACCCCUUCCUCGGCGCACAGGUCACCGGUCACGCACCGCCACCGAUCCCUCUACAGCAGAUGAGCGCCGCAUUGCACGUUGCCUUCGUCUGGCAGCGUGCAAUGAGACCUCACGGGCGUGCGCGGCUCUCGAGUCCGCGGAGGCAGCCCCAGAUACACAGGGGACGAUACAGCGCCUGCAGUCGAAGCACCCCAACGCGGAGAGGCCGACCCCAGCUUGGCAGUCUGGCUUCCAGGGGUCCCCUCUCGUGCUCUCGGUGGAUCACUUACGCCGCGCGAUUUUCACAGCUCCGCGGGGCUCUUCGGGAGGACCGUCCGGUUGGGUCGCUGAGCACCUGCGAGACACUUUCCUAGCUUUCCCUCAGAGUCUCCAUUUCCUCCUGGCCGUGUACCAGCAGUGGCUCCGAGGCCGUUGCGCUCCAGCUGCGCGCUCCUUGCUAGCGUCUUCCACCCUCGUGGCUCUGGCGAAGUCGAACAUGGAUGUUCGGCCGAUUGCCAUCGGCGAGGUUUUGGUCCGCAUUCUUUCUCGUGCAGUCUGUCUCCAGCUACGUGACCAGAUGGCGAGGGUCUUCUUGGCGUCACAGCAGUUUGGGGUGGGGGUUACGUGCGGGACAGAGGUCGUAGUUAGAGGCGUCCGCCGCGCUCUGGCUGACCACCCAGACUGGGUGGUCCUGCAGCUAGACGUGGCGAAUGCCUUUAACUCUUUCCACCGAGACAGGAUGUUCCAGGCGCUGCAGGCCAGCCCGGAGUUUCAGUGUCCUGAUCCCCUUCAUCGGCCUCUUCUACGGGACGCCCUCGGAUCUCCACUACAGCGUCUUGCUUUGGAGCCGGUUCUGGUGGAGGGGGAUGUCCAGCUCUGGUCGUACGCCGAUGACACGUACGUGCUAGGUCCCCCAGACAGGGUGCUGCACCACUUUGCCGAGAUCGUGAGGCGCUUGGGCGAGAUGGGCCUUGCAGCCCAGCCGCACAAGUGCCUCGUCUACCAGACAGAGUCCUUUCUGUCCAGGGAUCUGGAGGCCUUCACGGGCCUAGGGAUCGAGGUCGCACGCCGAGGGCUCACCGUGACAGGCGUACCGGUAGGCACCGUUUCGUUCGUGGAGCAGAGUCUCCCGGAUCGUCUCGAGAGGAUGGGGCGGGUGCUACCUUGGCUUCCGAGGUUGCGCCAGCCCCAGACAGCUGCCCGCCUUCUGUCGGCGUGUGUCAGCACUCGUCCGCAGUACCUGUCGAGGACCGUCCCUCCUUCGCCCGCAGUGAUCUCUAGUUUUACACGGUGGGACGCACGCCUGGGAGAGACAUUUCAGCAGCUUUUAGCUUCAGGGACCUGGGCUUGUCGCGAGGACGUCCGAGAGGCCGCCCUAGACCAGAUCUUCCUCCCCAUCCGUCUCGGGGGUUUCGGCAUUCGUCGCAUGGCACGCAUUGCCCCGGUGAGUUUCGUGUGCUCCUGGGUGCAGUGUGCUCCCAUUCUCUGUUCUCUCCCUGCGUGUGGCGAGGCGUUUCGGCAGAGCUUCGCUUCAGGUGAGCCAGAGCAGAUCGACCGGGCUCUGCAGACGGCGCUAGAGGGUCUCCCACCUGACGUUCUCUCUCUCCUUCCCCCCUGGCCCUCUUGCGCUUCUGCCUCCCCCGAUUCCCUUUUUGCAGGAGCGAGCCGUCUUCUGGAGGCGCAUGCCUUGGAGGCCGUGCGUGCCCGUCACGCCUCUCCCUUGCACCUUGCCCGUUUGACUUCCCUUCAGGGCGGAGGUGCAGGGGCGUGGUUGACGUCGGUGCCGUACGCUGACCCACUGCGCAUCCCGGAGGCGCUGUGGCAGGCGGCUUCAUCUUCUCGUCUUGGUCUCCCUAUCCCCCAGUUAGCCCUUGCAGGUCAGUGCUCCUGCGGACAGGCGAUUGACGACAUGACGGUGCCUCAUCACGCGGUUCGGUGCCCGCGCUACGGGGUCGCCACUACCAUCCACGACACGGUGAAGUACAUGCUUCGAGACUUUGCGGUCGAGGCGGGCUUCGCGGUAAAGGUGGAGGACUCUACGCUGUUCACACAGUUGGAGGCGGCUCGAGCGAGACUACUGGGACAGCCAGUGGUGGGAGAGGGGACGCGGGCUGAGGGACCGGGGGAGCAGAGAGGCGAGGCGGGACAGCCGGGUGGCGGGGGACAGUGGGGACAGCACCAGCUGCGGGGUCAGGUGGAGCGAGGGAUAGGUGGGCAGAGGGGACGGCAGGGGGAGCAGACGGGCCAGGACGGGGAGGGGAGACGGCACAGGCAGCAGCAGGAGAGCCAGUGGAGGCCGCGGGCCCAGGGCGCCGCGCCUCCAGGUUCGGCCUCGGGGGUGGGGCAGGGGCGGGAGCAGCAGAGAGCGGACGGAGGUACAGGAGGGGCAGCGGGAUUGGGAGGGGAGGGCCAGGGAGUGAGAGAGGCAGCAGGGGAUGGAGCAGGGGGGUCGGGAGGGUUGGGGGAGGGUAGAGAGGGGGAGGGGAGAGGACAGGUGGAUGGAGGAGAGGAGAGGGGGAGAGAGACGAUCGGAGAGGAGGGCACCAAGGGACCAGACAGGGCAGCAGCCAGCGCAACAGCAGGGACCAGUCGGACGCACAGGCCGUCGGAUCCACAGCGGGAGGGGAACGUGCAGCUGAGACGGGCGACCCCCACACAGAUUGGAGUGGCAGCAGCUAGGCGGGUGCAGGAGAAGCUGCGGCACUGGGGGCCGCACUUAGAGGGGCUGCAGCCGGCACCACACUUUUACGCGUGCGUGGCGGAGACCUUUGGCCUUCUGAGUGAGCCGCUGCGUCAGUUUCUGGGGCUCUGCGCAAAGAGGAUAGCACAGCGGAGGAGGGAUAGAGGUGGGGGGGAUGACGGAUCGGCACGGAUAUUUGAGGCAGGACUCACUACACGCCUCUCCGUUGCACUGCAGCGCGCGCAGGCUCAAUGCAUGAUCCAGCAUGCGGUGCGGCAGUUAGGGAGAUCCGACGACGGGUGGAUGCCCGCACCAGUCCCACUGGGUGCGGGGCAGGGUACUUGGCACCACGUCACAGGUCACACCCCCUGCCCCCUCAUGCCAUCCGCUCCCCCCGCCCCUACCCUCCGCGUGCCCGCUCCCUUGCCGCCUCUUUUGACCCUCCCUGCCCCCCCUCGCCGUUUCCCACCGCCCGCCAUUCGCUCCUCCCCGCCCGUGCGCUCCCCUCCUUUACCUUCUCCUCCCCCCUCCCCUCCUCUGCUGCACGCCUCUUCCUUCCCCUCGCCGACCCACUCCACUCCCUGCCCCUCCUCAAUCCGCACCCUGCCCCUCGUAUCUCGCCCCCCUAUGCUUGGUUUCUCCCCUCCCUGCCCCUCGCCGCCUUUCCCCGCUCCCCACCUCCCCCCUCUCCCUGCCCCCCCACUCUCCCCCCCUUGUCCUUGGCUUCCUACCUCCCUGCCUCACCUUUCCCCCCUCCGUGUGCUCAGCUUCUCCCCUCCCUGCCCCUCCCUCCUCCCCGCCCUGCCCCUCAUUUUCCGCCCCCCCCCACGCCCGGUUUCUCCCCUCCCCGCGCCUCCCUUUCUUUCUCCGUGCCUCUCCUUUGCUCCCUCCCUGCCCCCGCCUGCCCAUGCCCCUGUCUUUGGCUUCUCCCCUCCCUGCCCCACGUUUCUUCCCUCCCUGCCCCCCCCCUCUUCCCUCCCUGCCCCUCCCUUCCUCCCCCCCUGCCCUUUGCUCUCCCCUCGUUACGCUCCCUUCUCCCCAUCCCUGCUGCCCUCUUACCACCAUCAGCCCAUCCCCACGACCAGCCCCCCUCCCACCCUUCAAUCCCCCCCUCCCUCUCUCUCUCUCUCUCUCUCUCUCUCUCUCUCUCUCUUUCUCACACACACACACGCACACUCCCCUCCCCCACCCCCCCCACGUACAUCCUCCCAUUCUGCCCCUCCCUGCCCCUUUCCCACCCCCUCGCACGCCCCUCACCUCCCACCUCCGUGCAACUGGUUUCCCCCCUAUGGUGCCACCCUUGCAUCGCUCGCCCCUCUGCUCACCCUCUGCCCGCCCCUUUUCCGUGCCCUCAGUUGGCCCAGCCCCUGCCCGUUGCUGCCCCUCCCCUUGCCCCCUCAACUCCCCUGCCCCCCGUACACCCCAAGUCCCAUCCAACCGCCCCCACCCUCCCCCGGCUGCCCGUUUCCGCUCUCCACCCCCGCGACCGUGUGCGGCUUCCAACCGCCCAACGGUGGUGCGCACGGGGCGUUUCUUCGCAUGGGCAAGCCUCCCCGGGGGCCCCCCACCCCGCUGGGUCGUUUACCGCCGCGCUCUGCCCGUGCGUCACCCUCGCCCACUUCAUACCACCUCCCCCUUCUCCCCCCCCCGGCUUCUCCCUAUCAUCACCCGCAUGUUCCCCCACUCCCCUGUCCACAACGUCCCUCCUCCACCCCCCCUCCUGCCUUCCCCACUCCCACUCUGCCCCCCACACCUCUACGAGCCGUACCUCCCCCUCCAGCCUCCCUUUUCCCCCCCAGCUACUUCCGCAUCCAGCCCACCUACCCCAGCCUCCCUCUACCUCUCCCUAACUCCACACCGCCGUUCCUACCCCCAGCCAGGGUCUACACCCCUUGCUUUUGCUCCCUGUGCUGUGCCGUCCCCAACCUCCGUCCGCCUUUCCGCGGCACCAGACCGCCUCUCCCUCCCCCAGCCAACCUCUGCACCCCCUGUUCCUGCCCCUUGUGCCUUCCAACACCCUACCCCAACCCCCCCCAGUCUCCCCCUUCUCCAACACCCUCCAUAUUUCCUCCCCCCUGGGGCUCGCCCAUCCGCAGUUAUCACCCUUCAUCAAUUCCCCAAUUCCCUCUGUCCCCUGUUUCCCGGCCCCGCAUCCUAUUCUGCAUUUACCACAGCGCCUCCUUUCGGUGCCCUCUCGGCCCUCCCACGUUCUCACCCCCCGCCUCCCAACCUUCUCAUUACCCGCUACCAGGCUCACGCCAACUCGACUACCCACUACCCUUUGCCCCUUCCUCUCUGUUCCCCACCCUUCCUUCCCCACUUGGCUCCACCUGCCCACCCCCACCUCCCGUGGAAUUCUGCCCUGCCCUCCCCACCUCUGGCCCACCACCUGUCCCCACACCCUGCUCACCCACCGCUACAUCACCCCCGCCCCCCCACCUCCACUACAGCCCGCCAACACUUCCCCUCUCAACCGGCCCCCAGCCCGCCCCCCCCCUUGGGCCCCAAUCCCCUCCAACUCACAUAGAAGCGGGAGAGGGCAGAGCCAGGGGGGAACUUGCAGCUAACACUGCACGGGAAGGGGUAAGUGAAUGUGUGUGCGAAGGAGCAGCAGAGGCUGCAGAGGAUGGGGCAGCAAAGGCUGCACGGGAAGGGGCAAUGGGGGUUGUGGGGGAAGGGGCAGCAGAGGUUGCAGAGGAAAGGGCAGCAGAGGCUGCAAGGGAAGGGGCAGCAGCGGCUGCACGGGAAAGGGCGGCAGAGGCUGCACGGGAAGGGGCGGCAGGGACCGUGACUCUGGCCAGGCAAAGGGCAGAGGCCAUGGAGACAGAGGGGGAUGUGAUAGCGAUAGAGGAGGAUGAGGGAGAGGAUGUGAUGCACAUUGACGGGCCACUGGCCCAAUACCUCACGCUUGACGGUGAGGCCGACCCGGCCCCCCUGCAGCCUCACGUCGAGGUUCCCCCUCUACCCCCCAUGCCCGUCCCCAUGCUAGCAGAAGGACCGAUGGAGGGGCUGGGGGAGACCUUGAGGACAGAGCCGCGCGAGGGAGCCCCCAUCCUCACCUCCCGUCCUCCAGCCCACCCACCCCCAGGAGCACCACUUCCCCACCCCCACCCUCAGGUCCCGGUAGUAUCCAGGGGGGCAGCCAAGGCCCUGGCCUUCUUGGCGGAGCCGUGCUCCCCGACCCCCACGUUGCUCCAUGGCCAGCCCCCCUCUCCGUCCCCAACGCCUGACCCCACGGUUGCAGGCGGUCCACCGGGAGAGCACGCGGCACACCUCUGCCCCCACCCUCAGGGGCUCCUUAGAGCACCACGUGGAGCAGCCAGGGCUCUGGCCUUCCUAGAGGAGCCAUGCUCCCCGACUCCUACCAACACCCAGCCACCCCCUACCGGCCCACUACCCCCCCCUCCACCAGGCCCCCCCCCCACCCGUCGCCGCACAGCCCCAACACGCCCACCCAACAGGCUGCCCCCCUCACACCACCCCCCCCAGGCAGCCGAGACCCACCCGCAAGGGCUUGCGCCCCAGGCUCAUGGGAGCGGCGGCACCCGGGUAGAGGGGCCCACAGGAGAGGCCACCACAGAGCCCACACAAAUCUCUCUCCCCCCACCGCUUGUACCUCGCUCUAACCUCCACACUGGCCCAGCCCCUCGACCCCCACCUCCAACCCCCUCUCCCGGCCGGGUUCCCCACGAGUGGCCCCGUUGGGCAGCCAUCACCCCCCACACACAGCCUUGCCCGAUCUGUUCCCACGGAGGGGGAUGUUUCGAGGAGAGAGGGGAUGCACACAGAGCACCCCCCGCCUGGCGAACCACCCAUCCUCCCUCCACCCACCCCUUUGGCCCCACAGCCCCCCCUUCCUUCACAAACAGGCGCAGGACAACCAGGUUGGCCGCCGGCGGAAGAACAGGGCAGAGGAGGCAGAGGGUCAGCCCACCCCGACCACCAAACCUACACUCCCGCCCCGCUCCUGCACCUCCACAGGGCCAUGGGAGCGGACCAGCCCACUCACCCCCAUUCUGCCCCUCCCGUGCUGUGUCCCCCUCCCAGGUGGCGGCGGCCGCGAUCGCUACUGGGAUGGAGGCCGUCGGGUUGAGGGAUGCGCCCAUGGAAGACGCCACCGACUCCCCCUCCCAUCCCUCCCACCCCUUCCAUGUCGACGACCCCCUACCGCAACCCAUGGUGAUUAGGGAGGGCCAAGGGGGCCUUCUAGGGCAGGGUCCACACCCGAGCUCCGCUCAGCCAGCACGCCCCACUCCACCCUCUACCCUGCCAGCCCUCCUACUCUCACCUACAGGCAGGCAGGUCUUCGAGACCCCAGAGGAGGUGAGGGCUGGCAUUUCAGAUUUGCUGGCGAUACACCGCCCGAGCAGCUCUCCGGCUGCCCCCACCCUUCCAGUCCCACAGGACCGGACCCGGACGUAUGCGGAGGUCACCCGCCCCGUGGCGCAGGAGGUCACCAGCAGUAGGGAUGAGGCAUCCGCCCCUACCGAGACCCCUCCGCCUGGGGUAGCAGAGCCGUCACUUGAACCGCACCCCGCCGAGGGGCAGGAGCACACCACGGCACACACUUCAGGCUCACCUCCACGUCCCCCCUCCCCAGCUUCGACACCGGUACCGGCACGAGGCCCGGCCCUAUCCUGUGCGACACCACCUCUAUCUUCGCUGACACCCCCCCUGCGCGGGGCUGGUGAGUCGUCUCCUCCCCUCAUCCCAGGCGAUCCUCUCGGAGCUCAGGCGCCCACCGGGGUCCCCUCUACAGCCAGUUCCGACGCCACGGCCCCGAUUGACCCCGCCGACACGGCGACAUCACCCGACCAGGUCGUGAGUUGCCCCACCUGCAGGCGCUCUCUCGCGAACCGACGCGCGCUCCAGCACCACAUUCCCUUCUGCCAUCCUGCGGACGCGGCUCGCAGGGGCGCAGGCUGCCCAGGACACCGCCUCGAUCAUCCCUUCCCUCUCACAGCCCCUGCGAUCCUAGUCCGCAUGCCCAGGACCCGGAGGCUGCUGGCCUCCUACCUUCCUCCUCGCUGCAGCGCCGACUCUUUUCCUGUUCCAGCGACGCCACCCGACCGCUCGCACACGGCUGCCAUUGCAGCGCGCAUCUCCCGCUUUGGUCGAG